AUGGUCGCAGAAACCGACCCUCUGCCCAAGACCUUAACCUCCUCAGAUGACCACAACAUCACCACACAGACUCGUCUCGCCCCUCACACUAAUGAACUCACCGAACGUCGUCGGGCCGCCCUGGCUGAAAUCGACACUGCCAAGUUUGGCUGGUUUCAUGUCCGCGCCGUCCUCGUCUCGGGCGUUGGCUUCUUCACCGAUGCUUAUGACAUCUUUGCCAUCAACAUCGCGAGUAUCAUGUUGGGGUACGUUCUCAAACAAGGAGCCAGUCUAACCACAAACCAAGAUCUCGGGAUCAAGGUGGCCACACCGGUCGGCACGUUUUGUGGCCAGCUAUUGUUCGGAUGGCUAGCAGAUGUUUAUGGGCGAAAACGGAUGUAUGGGAUUGAAUUGAUGAUUAUUAUUAUAGCGACUGUUGGACAGGCUGUUUCCGGAUCUGGCCCAGGGGCUUCCCUCAUCGGAGUCUUGAUAAUGUGGCGGUUUUUCUUGGGACUAGGUAUCGGCGGUGAUUAUCCACUCUCAGCCUGUAUCACCUCUGAAUUUGCCGCAAUCCGGAUCCGAGGGCGAAUGAUGACUGCGGUGUUUGCUUCUCAAGGCUUUGGUCAGCUUACUGCAGCCAUAGUAGCAGUGGUCGUCGUCAAAGCCUUUGAAGGCUCGAUCAAGGAGGACCUCAUCGCGGGCGAGUCGGUCGAUUACUGCUGGAGGUUGUUGAUCGGACUCGGAGCGUUACCGGGAGCUGUAGCGCUCUACUUCCGAUUGACGAUUCCUGAGACACCGAGAUACACCAUGGAUAUCGAAAGGGACAUUCAAGGUGCCGCUGGCGAUGUUGAUGCAUUUCUUUCGACCGGUGGAUAUGCGCACGAUUAUGAAAAAAACGCGGCUCCUGCCGAAGUGCCCAAAGCUUCUCGCCGUGAUUUCAUCCAUCAUUACUCGCAAUGGCGUAACUUUAAGAUUUUGUUCGGAUGCGCGUGGUCAUGGUUCGCUCUUGAUGUCGCAUUUUAUGGUCUUGGAUUGAACUCAUCGAUCGUUCUGAAAGCAAUCGGCUUUGGAGCCGCAACUACGGGCACCAAAAACGAGCAGAUCUAUCAAACCCUUAUCAAUGUUUCGAGUGGGAAUGUCAUCCUAUCCGUGGCCGGGCUGAUCCCUGGGUAUUGGGUUGCGUUCGCAUUCAUUGAUUGGUGGGGCAGAAAGCCAAUUCAAAUCAUGGGAUUCUCAGUUCUCACAGUACUGUUUAUCAUCAUGGGAACUGCCUAUCAUCAACUUAUUCAACACACGGUCGGCCUAUUCAUCGCCUUCUACUGCUUCGCGAACUUCUUCCAAAAUUUCGGACCUAACACUACCACCUUCGUCAUUCCUGGAGAAUGCUUCCCCACCCGAUAUAGGUCCACCUCUCACGGAAUCUCGGCUGCUUCCGGGAAACUGGGUGCGAUCAUUGCCCAAGUUGGAUUUGCUAGACUGAAGGAUAUUGGGGGAAAGGACCAAUUUAUCGACCACAUCUUCCAAAUCUUCGCUGCCUUUAUGUUUACUGGUUUGCUAUCGACCUUCCUGCUACCUGAAACCAAAGGCAAAUCUCUAGAAGAACUAUCGGGAGAGGACCAAGAUGAGUUUGUACAAUCGUGA